AAAGCGGCCUCUUAUCGACCAUCUUUUUUCUCUGAUUUUUCGUUUUCGACAAUAAAAAUAAAAUAAAAAGUAACGCUUUUUAUACAGCUCGCUCUUUCAAGAUCCCUACAACAAAUUGUCGACAGUUCUAACAGAUCACUAAUUAUUGCAUUCCCAACAAGAAUCUCCUUGAUCAGUGACACUAUUUGUACAAGGACUCAGAUUUCUUGUUUUCUCUUUGGCUGGUGACAAGUGGGGAUAUUGUGUGCAUAUUGUAUUUUGUGUAGUGUUUUUGGUUUCAAAUGUCUAUAAUGGACUUCAGUUUUUCAAGAAAUUAAGUGAGUUUUGAAUAUUUAUCAUUGACAAUACUGGUCAGGCCUGGCUCUCGAGAGCUACAUAGACUCUGGCCACCCAGGAGCGGUGCCUACCAUGGCACCUUCUCGUGUGGCUGGAGGGUUAGCCCAAUCUUCCUCAAGUUCAGGAAUUUUCUUCCAGGGGGAUGGGCAGUCUCAGACUGUAGUUAACUCUCACUUAACCUCAUCGUUUGGUAACUCAUCCAAUUCAAUUCCCGGAACUGGGCGUCCCAAUCGGGGUCCGGUUUCUGGUGACAUGAAUAAUGCCGUUUUGAACAGCGUGGCAAAUUCUGGACCAAGUGUCGGGGCAAGUUCUCUGGUGACAGAUGCAAAUUCAGCACUUUCCGGAGGUCCCCAUUUGCAGAGAAGUGCCAGCAUAAAUACCGAGUCAUACAUGCGUCUGCCAGCAUCUCCUAUGUCGUUUACAUCCAAUAAUAUCAGCAUUUCAGGCUCAUCAGCUGUUGAUGGAUCCUCUGUAGUACAGCAGGGCAAUCAUCAAGACCCAAGCACACAGCAAAUCCAGCAUGCUCAGCAUCAACAGGGGGCAACAAGUGCUAUGUCGCUGCCUACCUCACAAACUGCUCAAACUUCUCUUCCGAUGGGUCCACGAGUCCCUGGAACUUUCUUACAGGACACAAAUAAUCUUUCCCACGUGCAAAAGAAACCCAGAUUAGAUAUCAAACAAGAAGAUAUUCUGCAGCAGCAAGUGCUGCAGCAACUGCUUCAGAGACAGGAUUCCAUGCAGUUGCCGGGCAGAGGUCCGCAGCUACAGACAUUGCUUCAGCAACAGAGACUGAGGCAACAGCAGCAAAUUUUCCAGUCUAUGCCACCAUUACAGAGAGCCCAAUUGCAACAGCAGCAGCAGCAGCAGAUGCAAUUGAGGCAGCAAAUGCAACAGCAGGCCAUGCAGCCAGUAUCAGCCUUAAAGCGCCCUUAUGAUGGAGGCAUAUGUGCCCGCCGGUUGAUGCAAUAUCUGUACCAUCAACGACAACGACCAGCUGAGAAUGCUAUUGCCUAUUGGAGAAAAUUUGUGGCUGAAUAUUACUCACCUCGGGCGAAGAAGCGAUGGUGCUUGUCGUUAUACGACAAUGUUGGGCAUCAUGCACUUGGUGUUUUCCCUCAGGCAGCUAUGGAGGCAUGGCAGUGCGAUAUUUGCGGCUCUAAGUCUGGAAGAGGAUUUGAGGCCACUUUUGAAGUACUUCCAAGACUGGAUGAGAUCAAAUUUGGAAGUGGUGUCAUUGAUGAGCUUUUGUUUUUGGACUUGCCACGUGAAUGUAGAUUUCCAUCUGGAGUAAUGAUGCUCGAGUAUGGCAAAGCAGUGCAAGAGAGCGUGUAUGAGCAACUUCGUGUUGUUCGCGAGGGUCAGCUCCGUAUCAUAUUCACCCAUGACUUGAAGAUUCUGUCAUGGGAAUUCUGUGCACGUCGUCAUGAAGAACUUCUCCCGCGAAGGGUGGUUGCACCCCAGGUUAAUCAGCUUGUUCAGGUGGCACAAAAGUGCCAGAGCACAAUUGCUGAAAGUGGCGCUGAUGGGGUCUCUCAGCAGGACCUGCAAACAAACAGCAACAUGGUCCUGACUGCUGGGCGUCAGCUUGCAAAAACUUUAGAGUUACAGUCUCUAAAUGAUUUGGGUUUCUCCAAAAGAUAUGUAAGGUGUUUGCAGAUUUCUGAGGUUGUCAACAGCAUGAAGGAUUUGAUUGAUUUCUGCCGGGAGCACAAAGCUGGGCCUAUAGAGGGCUUGAAAAAUUAUCCUCGGCAUUCCUCUCUAGGCAAGCUCCAGAUGCAAAAGAUGCAGGAAAUGGAGCAACUAGCAAAUGUACAAGGCUUGCCAACUGACAGGAACACCCUCAACAAGCUUAUGGCAUUACAUCCUGGAAUAAACAAUCAUGUGGGCAACAACCCCUCAAUGGCUGGCCGAGGGGCUUUAAGUGGUUCAGCUCAGGCUGCUUUGGCACUGACAAACUAUCAGAAUCUCCUCAUAAGGCAAAACUCCAUGAAUUCAAACUCGAGCUCACAUCAACAAGAGGGUGGAUCGCCUUUUAAUAAUUCUAGCCAGAGUCCAUCUUCAAACUUCCAAGGGCCUGGUGCAUUUGUCCCGGGAUCAUUACAGAACUUACCUGCAAGUGGUUUUUCAAGUUCACAAAUUACUCCCCAGCAGCCACAACAGCAACACCGAACCUUGAGUGGUAAUAACUUGCUGCAGCAGAACCAUUCACAGUCAUCUCCUGGCAACCAAGCGUUGCACCAGCAGAUGAUCCAGCAACUGCUGCAAGAAAUGUCUAAUAACAGCGGGGGAGGUGUGCAGCAGCAUUCUCUUUCUGGACAGAAUGGGAGUGUCAGUAUGGGAAGGAAUGGAGUAUGUUUUGGAAGCAACUCUGCACCUUCACCUGCUAUGUCAGGACAUGCACCAAGCAGGAGCAACAGUUUUAAAGCUACUUCAAACGAUUCUUCGGCAGCUGCUGGAAAUAGUGGGUUUAAUCAGAAAGUGACAGAUUUGGCUCAGAAUCUCCAUUUGCAGGACGACAUAGUUUCAGAUAUUGCUCACGAGUUCACUGAAAAUGGCCUUUUUAACAGUGGUGACCUUGAUGAUAACAUGGGUUAUGGCUGGAAGGCAUGACUAACAUGGAAUUUGUACAGAAUAUUAAGUAGCCCUACCCGCCUUUGCCUUUCUAAUUAUGGAAUUUCUAUAGGUACUUAGGUUUCCUUUGUUUUUGCUUCACAUCACUUUUUUUCCGUAUCGUCUCUGUUAAGUCUUGCAAGUGUAAUCUACCGGACAAUAUCUGGAACACCUAAUAUCAUAUUUUUAUGAGUUAUUAUUGCAA